AUGAAACUUAUCUUUGUAUCUAUUCUAUUAUGUGCGACUAUUUAUGUCGCUUGUGGUUUAAAAUUACUUGCAUCAUCAUCACGUCAAUUAAAUCGUCGAGAAACGAAAUUUAUCAAACGAUUAGUCAAACGACAAGCUAUUAGUGAUACCAAAUGUGAUCGUCGUAAUUGUAAGACUCCAAAUUGUGGCAAAGAUUUUGUAGCAGCUGCUUUACCUGGAGAAUGUUGCGAAAAAUGUGUACCAUGGGAAUAUGCUUCAAGUUUAGGUAUUCAAUAUCCACAAGCACCACCACAACCAGCUUAUGAUCCUCGAACACAACAAGGUUAUCAAUAUAAUCAAUAUCCAUAUAAUCAACCACAACAAUAUCAACCACAACAAUUUCAACCACAACGUGUUGAUGUAUAUAUAUUUGGACCUGAUGAUGGUGCUCGUGUAUCAACUGGACAAAGUAUUUAUUUUGAUUGUGAAAUUGUUUCACCUUAUAAUCAAUAUGCUCAACCACGUUGGUCACGAUCUGGCAAUCAGCCAUUACAAUAUAAAGUACAAAGUACAAUUCUUCCAGGCAAUCGUAAAAUUGCACGACUUACAAUUCCUGAUGCUACUCAUAGUGAUGCAGGUCGAUAUGAAUGUAAUGCUGGUACUGGUAAUCCAAAUGAUCAAGCUUCAAUUGAUUUACAAGUAACUGAUGGUGGUUACUAUCCUCGACCACAACCACAACCUCAACCUCAACCUCAACCACAACCUCAACCUCAACCACAACCUCAACCUCAACCACAACCUCAAUAUCCUCAAUAUGAUCCAUAUAAUCAGUAUCCAUAUAAUCAACCAGGUUACUAUCCAUCUCAACCACAACCUCAGCCAGUACCGCAACCACAGCCACAACCGCAACCACAACCAUCUCCUAGUGAUGAAGGUGAUGAUACAGAUCAAGAAGAACCAGCAGCUGAAACUACAACACAAAAACCAACAACAACACCAGCACAUCAAGAAGAAGCUGAUGAAGAUGAAGGAGAAUAUCCAGAAGAUUAUUCUGAAAAUGAAAAGUAA